AUGGCCAACAUAGCGGGCACCAGCAGCUCGCGUCGUGGCGGUCGUGGUGCAGCAGCAGCAGCAGUGGGUUCUCGUUUGUGUGUAGAGCGUUCGUUAGCGGAUGUAUUAGAGCAGCUGGAGGAUGAAGCAGCAGAAGAAGCAGAGAAAUUCACACGGAGAGCUUAUCGUUCUUGUCGUCAUGCAUCCGGCCGCCCCAUAGAAGGGUUACCCCUGCGAGAGGGAAUCACUCUGAAACCCCAUCAAGAAGAAGGCGUAGAUUGGCUUCUUCGCUCUUUCUUAACUGGAGGCGCUAUCUUAGCUGAUGAAAUGGGGCUGGGCAAGACGAUUCAAACUUUGUGUUUUCUUUCUUAUCUGAGCGCCAUGAAAGUCGAUGGCCCCCACCUUAUUGUUGUUCCUCUUUCUACGGUUGGCAAUUGGCUUCAUGAAAUUCACCGCUUUACCCCAUCCCUCACACAUAUCAAAAUCUGUGGAUCGAGAAACGAGAGACAACACGCCAUGCAAGACAGAUUGGCCGCCAAAGGUCUUUAUGAUUUGUACGUCACCACGUACGAGACUGUGAAGAGCGAAGAGGAAUUCUUCGUCGAGCAGAUACCGCACUGGCAAUGUAUUGUCUUGGAUGAGGCGCACCGCAUAAAGAAUGCCUCAGGCGCGAUCCGGCACUCUUUAGAUCGUGUACAGGGGAAUAUGCGUCUUUUGUUGACUGGCACGCCACUACAGAACAACGCGCAGGAAUUGUUUACCCUCAUCAACUUUCUCAUGCCUGAUGUAUUCAGAGAUUCUCUCGUUAUUGAACAGGCCUUCGCGCAGAAUGCAAAGUCUGCAGCGGGGAAAUCUGGGGGCUCCAAGGCACCUCGGGGCCGUUCAAAGGCUGCGGCGUUGGCGGAGAUGGAUGUAGAGACGAUGUUCAAGCAAGAGGACUUGAACAAGAUACGUCAGUUGCUUGACAGAGUGAUGCUGCGACGACUGAAGGAGCAAGCGAUCGCAUUGCCUCGUAAAGUAUUUCAUGAUAUAUGGCUGCCUAUCUCUCAAGCCUUCGCGCAGAAUGCAAAGUCUGCAGCGGGGAAAUCCGGGGGCUCCAAGGCACCUCGGGGCCGUUCAAAGGCUGCGGCGUUGGCGGAGAUGGAUGUAGAAACGAUGUUCAAGCAAGAGGACUUGAACAAGAUACGGCAAUUGCUUGACAGAGUGAUGCUGCGACGACUGAAGGAGCAAGCGAUCGCAUUGCCGCGUAAAGUAUUUCAUGAUAUCUGGCUGCCUAUAUCCGACUUGAGUGCAAAGUGGUAUCGUAGACUUCUUGAAAUUAAAUCUCUACAAGAAGAAGCACGAUCCAACUCCGCCAGAGUCAACUUCAGAAAGAUGCUUGGACUCGUCAUCAAGAUGCGCAUCCUGUGCGCGCACCCCAAGGGCGUGUGCGCAAGGGAGUCACAGCUGCAGCGGCUGCAGGCCUUCUUUAGCCAGGAGGAUCCAGCGCUGCAGGAGGAGGUGACGAAGGCGGCACGGGAGCUGCAGGCUGUUGAGGGUGCGGCGCAUCUCGCUGGGUCUUCUAAGUUGUUGUUUUUAGACAAGCUGAUGUGUCACCUGCACUUCUUGAACUGCAAAUACGUGCCGGCUUAUGAGCGGGACUACAUGGCGCACAAGAACGACGCUGCUACUUACGAGUUUUACAAGCGUCACGAGGAGGCCGUUCUGGCGGCGCUUGCGGAGGGGAGGAAACCCCCGAGGCGCCCCAAGCGUAGCGAGUUGAUGGGAAUACCGGAAUACAGAGCCUUGUUGGAACGGGGGAUGCCAAGCAGAGAUAUGACAACCGCAAAAGAUGAGGCGUUUCUUAAAGAAGGACUCUUUGCUGCGGAGCCCGUGAUGCCGACGAAGGAAUCCUGCAAUCCUGAGCUACAGGAGCGGAAGAGAGGACAGGGAGAGCACGAAGACGCAUCUGAAAACGAAGCGCCAGAAGAAGGGAGUCAGGAAGUCGUCGAUGCAGAUGCAUCAGAUACAGAAGGAGCCGCAGCAGCAACCCCUCAAGAGGACCAGCCACGAAGCAGAGCCGAGCGGCGUUCCCGGAGAAACCUCAUUGUUGACGACGAAGAUAUGGAGCAGGCUGAUGGUGGCGCAGCGGCAGCAGAAACUCAGGAAACAGCAGCAGCAGCAGCAGCUGGGGGAGGAGCUGACACCACUCUUCUAACCCCAACAGCUCCAAAAGCCGCUCAGGAGUCCGGGGGGGAAAACGAGGCGGCGGCGAUAACAGUGAAGAGUCCUCGUGCGUCUGAGGAGAAGAGAGAGGGAGAUGAUAAGAGUAACCUGCCCACCGCCUGCUGUACCGGCAGCCCCGCGAGCCACAAAGAUCACAAAGAGAGUGUAGAGGCACUCGACGCGCAGCCGGUGAAGGCAGAGCCAGUCGUCAGUGCUGCACCACAAGCACAGGCGGAGGACACAAAAAGGGAAGCACCCGCUGCAACAACACUACCAACAGCAGCAGCAGAUGGGCAAACAAAGGCGCAGCAGGAGUUGCUGGACGGCUCUACGAACAAGUUUGUGCGGGAGUUGGACAUUCGGGAUUUCAACAACGAUAACACAUGUUACUUCGUGUAUUUGAUAUCCACCAGGGCGGGGGGCCUGGGUAUUAACUUAACGGCGGCGAAUCACGUGGUUAUAUACGACCACGACUGGAACCCCUUCAUUGAUCUUCAGGCGGUGGACAGAGCUCACCGUAUCGGGCAGCAGCGAGAAGUUCAUGUUUGGUCUUUGGUGAGCGAGUGGACAGUGGAGGAGCGGAUGGCAUUCCGUCGUGAACAGAAACUGCGGCUAGACAAGCUGCUUGUACAACAACAGAUAGAGGAGGAAGCGGAGGCGUUAGAUGGCGAAGAUGGCGAGGACAUCAAGGAACACAGAUCCGAAAAGAUAUCCACUGAUGAAGUCCGACGGCUCAUGCUUCACGGCAAAAAGGCAAUUGUUCAAAUGGCGGCAACUGGCACUGAAGAUAUCGCGAAUCUGCACCUGGAGGAUCUGGUCUCGCGCCCCCGGCAGCCGCUCCCUGUGCUAGGAGAGGACGAGGAACCGCUGGUGUUAGAGGGAUCUGCGCCGUUUGAGGAGGACUUAGACGAGAAGAAUUUGGUAGACAUCAACGAAGUGAUGGACGAAGAAGCAGAGGAACGACGCAACCAGCAACAGCUAGCCGAAGGCACCGAGGAGCCUGCAGCGCCUGAGGGGCCAUGCGAAGGAUCAGGAGGGAAAGCCACUACAGAAGGAGAGGAGGCAAAGCCUAGCGGCAGCACCUCCCCCGGCGGUGGGGCUGAGGAGGAAGUCGAAAUAUGCGAGACGCAAACUACGGGGCCAACAAAGGGAGGCCUUGAGGCGGAGCUGCAGAGCGCGGGGGUCUUGUGGCGUUCCGGAAGAGAACGCAAGAAGCCGGUGGCCCUCUACGUUCCUCAGGAGUUCACGCAGCGUUCUGUGGACCGGGAGGGGAAGCCGCUGGAGGUUGCAUAUGGAGAUUUAGUUUGCUGCAGCGGCUGCCCGAAGGUGUAUCACCGCUGCUGCGAGGGGCUGCCGAAGGACGUGAAGAAAAGUUGGAGGUGUCGGUGGCAUGAAUGCUGUUUGUGUUUCCGCAAGACAUCACAGUGCGGCAAUAUGCUGAUUCACUGUGCCCGCUGCCCUACCUCAUUCUGCUACGAUUGCUUCCCCCCGGACUACUGCCGCUACAACGUAGGCGAAGACUACUACAUGCAGCUAAGACAGAGGGGCAUGAACGUCACCCCACAGAACUGGAUUUUGCUCCUCUGCUCCAAGUGCAAAGCCGUGGAGGAGCAGCAGACCCGUCGCAGGCUAACGAAGGAAGAGAAGGACCACGAGAAGCUUAUGCAGCAGGAGCUGCGGCAGCAACAGCGGCAGCUGCACCUAGACGGCGCCAGAUUGCGGCUUGAGAAGGAUGAGAUGAAACACUUGCAGCGCCAGAAAGCAGAGGAGGAACGCCGCUGGUUCGAUCAUAAACAAGCAGUUGAUAGACUGGAUGAGGCGGCAGAGAUCGCCUUGAGACAGGCAUACCAGAGGCUGUUCCCUGCUGCUUUCCUCGCGGAGAUCGAGAAGAGGUCGGCAGCAGCAAAAGCAGCACAGAGGGCCUCCCGAGAGGCUGCUGUAGCCGAAGCAAUGAACGCAGCUGCUGCUGCAGGAGCAGAUGGGCAAGCUGCCCUGGCAACAGUAGCAGCAGCAGCUAUAAAGAAGGCGUCGAAGAAACCUACAAACCAACUGGCCAAUAUGAAGCUUCCUUCCCAGAGUCUUUCGGUUUGUGACAACUGUCGCUUUCCUUGUCACGGCGUAAAGGAAUACCCAGGCCCCUGCUGCUUCCCAGAUGAAGUCAUCCAGAAGUUUGUGGCGCGCGCACGGCCCGCCUCGCAGUCAGAGCAGAGUGCAGGGGCGGGAGGCACAGGGGCCGCGGGUACGGCAGACAACAUGAUAGAUCUGGAAGCUUCUCCCGGUGAAGGUGGAGUAGCGAAGGAGGGUUCAGACGCGUCGGCUUCGCCUGUCAUUCCACAGAGUGCAUUGAGGGCGCUCGCCAACUCCGCUGCCUUGUUGCAGGGCGGGAUGGCGGAGGCGGGGGGCUCUGGCUCGGGAGCAGCUGCAGCAGCGGCAGCAGCCAGCGACCAGAGAGUGAAAUACAUGCAACGACAAGUCUGUGCGGCGUGUCACGAGUGGCGCAUUGGGAAGCGCUCCCAUACGCGGAAGCACUGCCCGACGCUCACGACUGAACAGCUUCAGGAGUAUGAUGAACGGCGAGCUAAAAUGCGGCUAGUGGCGGAGUUGCUGCUCACUAAGGAGCCCAUCCCCGACCCAAACCCGGGUGCCUACGCAUCGGCAUCUCCCCAGCGACUCAAAGCGUUCUUCCAGCAGUAUCAAGAAACGGCUGAUCGGAUAUUGGAGGAGUGCAUGGUUGCUGCUGGCCUUCAACACGCGAUCGCUUCGCGCUUCACCUCGACGAAGAAGGUUGUGCCGUCUCCUAUUGGCCAAACUGCUGCCGCAGCAGGCCAGGGUUCUCAGACCAGUGUGCCCUCUCUGAGCAACGUGGCUGCAAGCAAGGACCGCAUUUCGAUGAUUUUGAACCGCAGCAAAGAACUGUUGCUUCUCAAGCGGCAGACUGAAUUGCAGGUCUUGGCGACGCUCUCAGCCGCUAAUGGACGCGGUCCUCCCCCGAGCCUAGCAAACCUGAAUAGUGACCAGAAAAAGCUUCUGCUUGGGGUUUCAGGGGAAGGGGAAAAGCCGCUUAUGACCCCGCCGUCAGACACCAACAGCGAGGUUGAAGUCAUAGGUGUCUCAAAGGCGGGUGCGCCUCCAACGGGCGUUUCUUCUGUGGCUCCGGGGGUGAAUUGCCUUCCAUCUGCUGCUCCAGCUGCUCCUGGAGCCGCUGCUGCCGUUCCUGCUGCGGAAGGUGCAGUAAAGGCGGCUGCCGGUAAACGACAAAGCAUCGAUGCAUCGAAUGGCGGCUCCCGCGGCACCACUGUCGCCCCACUUCCGGCUGCAUCGAAGCGACAGAGAAGAACCGUACCCAUGAAGACGGCGGACGCGGUGGCGGCGUAUGUUCAAGCGGCAGAAAUGGGCAUUCCUGGUGCAGGGGGCUCUAUCGCUGCAUCUGCUGUAGCAGCAGCUGUUAAGCAGAAGUCGAUCAUUGACUUCUUCACCUCCAGGAACAGAGCGGCGGCCUCCGGCAUUGGGGGACUGACGAAGCAGCCAUUGCUUGCGGGGGCGGGGGGACAAGGAGCCUCGCGGCCGGGGGCAAUGCCUGGAGCGGCUUUAGCCCCCUGGGGCGCGAAACAAGCCUCUGACACAGAGAGCGAUUGA